GUACAAAUGUUUAUGGAUACACACGUACGUGUAUGUGCACACGUUUAUGCAUAUGGGAGCGCUGGGCUCUCACUUUCUGCUUGGUACUUGUGUAAUUGUCUGUUUGAAGACAGAAGCUAUAUACGUGGUGAAACUUGGUACAAACUGACUCAAAUUUUAAUUCUCGAAACCUCCGUUCAGUGAACUCUCUGGCGUACACCAGCUAUUACAGCCAGGGAAACCUCCUUUUUAAAAAACUUCUGAUGGAGGUGGUGACACUUCUUGACCGAGUCCUAACCUUCGUCAAAAUCAAAUGUGUUCUCCUUCUUAGGUGAAGGCACCCUCCUACUGCAGCCCGGAAAACACGAAUUCCCAUUUAGCUUUCAACUUCCAUCCGAGCUCUUGGUCACGUCCUUCAGCGGGAAGUACGGAGGCAUUCAGUACUGCGUGAGGGCGGUCUUGGAGAGGCCCAGGCUCCCCGAGCAGAGUGUCAGGCGGGAACUCCAGGUGAUCAGUCACAUCGAUGUCAACACGCCGGCAUUACUCGCAUUCAUCCUACACCUGUGCUCCGAGGUUGAGCAAAUGACAAAUCGCGUGUGUGAACGCUAUGGGCCGCUUCUGCCAACCGGUGACGCAGGCCGGGGACGCACGGAUAAGGCUUAUUAAUAAUAAUAACGCGGACCCGGAGAGCUGUCACUUCCCCCAGAGCCGCCACACGCACGGGGCUCCACCCUCCCGUAAUAGCAGGUUGGGGAGCAGCAAUUACGCAAGAGUAUUAAUCACGCGCAGCCUGUGAUUGAGGCCCGGGCCAUUAUGCUGUGCACCCGGCCCUCUCGCGUGUCAUUUGCUAACACGAAGUACGCGCAUGCAGCUGUGUGGGGAUCCUUUCACUGAUCAUCUCCUUCUGACAGAUCUGGCCGCGUGACAGCAUUGAACUUCUAAUAACCACCCGGAAUACCGCAGCCCGAGGAGAAAGAUUGGGGCAUAAGUAACAAGGGAAUGGCCGCGACGGGGGCUAAUGAGCGAGAGCCCCGUAUUGAAAACUCAAGAGAAAAUGGUUGGCUGCUGGUUUUUCACGUCGGGCCCCGUCUCGCUGAGUGCCAAAAUCGAAAGGAAGGGAUAUUGUAACGGAGAAGCUAUUCCAAUCUACGCAGAAAUAGAGAACUGUUCCUCCCGCCUGGUCGUCCCCAAAGCUGCUAUUUUCCAAACCCAGACGUACAUGGCCAGCGGGAAAACGAAGACCGUCCGGCACAUGGUCGCCAACGUGCGAGGAAACCACAUCGCUUCUGGGAGCACCGACACGUGGAACGGGAAGAUGCUGAAAAUCCCGCCCCUCCCGCCGUCCAUCCUGGACUGCUGCAUCAUCAGAGUGGAAUACUCCCUGGCGGUGUAUAUUCACAUCCCUGGUGCUAAAAAACUGAUGCUGGAGCUGCCCCUGGUGAUCGGGACGGUCCCGUACCACGGCUUUGCCAGCAGGAACUGCAGCAUGGCCAGCCAGUUCAGCGUGGACAUGAGCUGGUGGGCGCUGGCGCUGCCGGAACAGCCCGAAGCCCCCCCAGAUUACACGGACGUGGUGUCAGAAGAAGAAGUCUCCAGGCACGGCGCUCCUUACCCGCGGCCGCCCAGCUGGGAGGGAGAGGCCCGCUGCCCCGCCUUCGCCUGCAUCCAGGACUUCCGGCUUCAGCCCCCACCUCUUUAUUCCGAGGUCGAUCCGCAUCCCAGUCGCGUCGGGGAGGCCCAGCCUGUCUCCUUCAUCCUCUGAACGUGACUCAGAAAUCACUGUGACCCGCACCAGAGAGCGCCGGCUCGCUCUCCGCCGCCUUUCCUGGAUGGAGGGAGGGACGAUUCGCUUAAGAACAUUAAGAGGUCGACACCAAGGAAUUAAAAACUACGUGAACUUUCCAGGGCCCGAGGGGACUGUUGCCCGAGCUGAUGGCAGGGCCGAGUGUCCCCGAGGAAGAGUGGGCGACCUUGGGAAGCCGCAGCAGCGUGUCACGCGAGUCCCGCUGGGGACCCAGUAAGCGAAGGGGCCUGGAAGGUGUGUGACCGGGGCAGCGUGCCUCCCGAGGGAGCUCAGAGCGGAGCAAAGGGAUGCUGAGCUUCCGGGCUAUGGGGGUGCGAUAGGAAGGCACUUGAUUUGGGAGAAGUUGGCGGCGCAGGGAUGUGCAGGCCUGAUUCCUCCCCGACCCCCUAGGACUCAAGUCCAGGAAAGACCUUUCCUGAGGUCGCAGUCCUGGGAGGUGAUUGGGCGCUCACUCUCCCCCGGGGCUGGUUCGAGAGACAGGGUUUGUAAGUGGGAGGUGGAGUAGGAUGCAGCGCAGCAAGCAUCCCUCCCCAGGCCUGUCAAUUCCAAGGGGAAAGAUGAACUUCAACCCAGAAACCCGUCUGUGUUAGGCUGGGGUUUUUCCCCUCUUUAAGCACCUGGACAGGAUACGUGUUUGGUUUCCCUCACGUCUUAUUUAUAGAAGCAUGUCGGAAAGAGAAGCGGGGGGAGGAUGUUGCAUCCUUAGAAGGCCUUGAUAACUAUUCCAGAAAGAGAGGAAAAGAAGGUCUUUUCCUAACCUACCUCUAGGGGCGAUCGGAUUGGUUUGAAACCUCAGUCUGACAAGUUUUUGGAGGGUCUACGCGUUGCAGUGGGGUCUUCACCGCAUCUGAAACCGCACCAGGGAAGAGGCCAUACAGUUAGCGUUGGAGGAAGUUCGCGGAUAAACAUAUAUACCAAAGGGCAUUUCAAAAUAAAUACAGAGUCAAAGAGGGUAGACAUGCCAUUUUUUUUUUUAAAGGCGUGGAUUUCAUUCCUGGCGGGACGACUUGGUGGCUCCUGAUGACCGGCACCGCCUUGUACCGCGUUAGUCCAGUUCUUCAGCGAUUCUGUUUCAACUGUGAUCUCGCUUAUUGUUUUGGUGCAAUAUCUGAUUAGCAUUGAACCUCAGGAUAGUGAGACCAGCAGGCUAGUGCCGCUGCUAAAAUUCUGAGGCGUGUUUUCCCUCUCCCCCUGGGCCCUGGCAGUCCUGGUCUCAGGGUCCCGUGCUCUGUCCUCCCGUCUGUCGGUUCUGUGGACUGGGAGCGAGUCUGGACAGGAGGGGACGGGAGGUGGGGUUCCUGCGACGGAGAUUUGGGACCAGCCGAGGCCUUGGGUCUCCCCCAAAUCCUAAGGUUUGAUCUAGAAACCCGGUGCUUCAUUCAACAGAACCGUUUACCCUUCCAUCAGUGUGUUCGGUGAGGAAUAGAAAAAAAAAUUCUCUCCGGUUAAAUUCUGAGUUAAAAAAUGAGUCGGCCACCUGAUCAGGGAUUUUUCUACGGACAUUAGAUACAUGUAUGUUUUUUUUUCACCCCUCUCUUCUCCGUGGUCACGGAAGCUCACACGCAUGUCUUUCUGUGGGAGCCACUGUUUAAAAACCGCCACGCAAGACGGUUACACCGACACGCGUGCGUGGGCCUGAAAUUGUCCCAGCGUUCUGUCCCUGCCUGGGUUUCCGACUGCUCGUUUUGGUGUUCGCUGUGAGACAGGGAUACGUGUUUAAGCACGGUCGGAACUGUUUCGGUUCUGCUUUUAAAGAGAUCACCUUCCGCUGCUGGUUGAAUUCUAAAUUAGUUCACGCGCCUUGUCCAGACUCGGUCCGUCUCCACGACACCCAGAUACAGUGAAGAGUGAAGUGGAACAGGGAGGAGGGCGAGAAGGUCUGAGUGUUUGGCUCCCGAUCGAAAAGCCACGACUUCCUCUCCCCCCGGGGUUGCUUUCUCCUCUUGGUUGGAGGAAUCAUGACGCGAACCCAGAAAACGGAAGCACAGCUGACAUAGCCCUGAAGACCUCACAAGUGGGGUUGGCCCUUUUCAUUCCUAUCAGUAUGUCUGCCCUUCAGUGGGUAGAAACAGCAUUCCUUUCCAUAUCAAGAGUUUAUGAGUGUAGUUCAUUCUACACGGGAACAGAGAAUACUUGGCAAUGAAGGUAAAAAGUUAGCUAGCUGUUGUAUUUGCUUGCAUAGCUCCUUGUUUAGUUUCCAAAGAAACCAUGGCCUUAGAAUUUUCUUUCUGAUGCAAACAUUUUGCAGUUGAAAAUGUGAAACUUUUGGCACACAAAAAAUCUUCUGUGGGUAGAACUUUUCUUUUUUUUCAAUAAGAAACUCAAUAGGCUGGGGGUUGUGUUUUUGAUAAGUUGACGAUGAUGGCUUUUUUAUUUUUAUUAAAAAUGUAGCAAUUUAACCCACAGGAAAAAAAACACACAAUGAAAAUUGUAUUUUGUAUUCUUGUUUGAACCCUAUGGGUUCCUUUUGUUAAUAAAAUGAUCACACUGAU